CGGUCACGUGUCCGCCACGUGAACAGCUGAUCGUGACGUCAUUCAGCAACAAGCAACAUGGCGGAGUGGAACAGAGGCCAUGGCUCUGUGGAUGAUGUGCUCGAUGUUGAAAACAAACGGCUGGCAGAGAACCUGGCCAACAAAGUGUCCAGACUGAAAUCUUUGGCUUACGACAUCGACAGAGAAGUGGACGAUCAGAAUGAGUACCUGGAUGGCAUGGACUCAAACUUCAUGAGUGCGACAGGCCUGCUCACUGGCAGCGUGAAACGUUUCUCCACCAUGGUCCGAUCAGGACGAGACAACCGCCGUAUCCUGUGUUACGUCUCCAUGGGGAUGGUCCUGGUCUUCCUUGUUCUUUACUACCUGGUGUCCAGGAUCCACCAAUAACUGGGAAAACAAGAUCAGCCAGGCUCUGAUAUGGAGCUGAGACUUUAGACUGUAAUGUCAAAACUGAUUUAAAUAAAGACUUUUUUUAUUUUGCACCAAAGAAAGAAAGCACGACGUAGGCAAAAUUGGAUUGACCAGUUGGAGGUGUCAGUCAGCCCACCGGAGGAAACUGUAGUGGGCGUGGUCACAUCAAUGAGACACCUGAACUUUGGGAUCUUUGAGUUGGAAGACAACAGAGCCCGGACGCUCGGGAGGUGGGAAUGUCAUUCACCAUAUCCGAGUCUAAUUGAUUGAUGAACCUGUCAAUCAGGAGAAAAUUUCCAAAAAAUCAGUUUGAGUUUUCACACCUAGAGCUUGUUUAUCUUCCUCCGAGUCCAUCUUGUUUCAGUUCUUGUCACAUACAAAAACAUCUAACAGCCAAAAUGCAUCACAAACAUACAACACUGUAAGUAUUAGGCACAUAUUUGUCAUGCAGGAGAGAGAAAAUACAGAAAAUAUAGAAAUGGUGGUGCUGUGUUUAGUCCAAACACCAGUAAGCCACCACAUUAAAAUUACAUGCAUAAUACAUUAACAUAAGACUUGUGUUCAGUGUCCUGUGAUUUGUGGUCUAUAUUUAUGCUAUAUUACCACAUUCACCUGCAUAAAUGAGUCACAACAAGAGGGAAACUGAAUCAAGAGUCCGACUGUACUAAAGUCAACAACUGGGAAAUAAUCUGAGAUUUUAGUCAG